AUGGUGCAUGAAGUGGCAGUCAGAGAAGCUAACGAUCGUUACUAUGCUACCUUAAUCAGGGGUGUUGUUUGCAGUGGAGGAAUUUUGGGCAUUGCAUUAUUUGUUCGAAAAACACGGAUGUUCGCGAGAUAUGAAAAUGUAUCAGAGAUACCGCUUGAGAUAUAUAAAAAAGGAAUUGAGUUGAAAGGGAUUGUUCGUGCUGUUCAUUCAAAUGGUUAUAUGAAAGUUGAGCAUAUACCAGCAUUUACGAUGCCAAAAUUUCUUACCAGAAAAAAAUCCAUCCAGCCAGGAUUGUUGAAUAUACGUCUUGCGGGUAUUGAUGUUUCGGACGCUGGUUCGGACUAUCUUGCAAAAGAUGUUCGUAUACGUAGUAGCCAAAUAUUUUUCUCUGCCAUCAAGCCAGCUGAAAACAACAACUGUAUCGAUGCUGAAGUUUUUUUGCGGAAGAAACGAUUUCUGCAGACAAAUUUAAAUGUAGAUUUGGUACGUCAAGGUUUCGCACGUGUUAUACCAUUGAGUAAUCCGGAACAUGUGGAUGCAUUGAAGACUAAUCCUUCAUAUUCAAGGCUGAUGUCGAAAUUGAUCAUGUCUGAAAAGAUUGCUGAUCGUCGAGGAUUAGGCGUAUGGACUCGUGAUACAUGGGCAGAACUUAUAUUUUCAUAUCCUGCCACACUCAGACAGAUCAUCCGUUCAGCGGCAAUAACAAGAUUUCUGCAUUCUGGAAGAGUGAUACAGUAUUUUAAUUCUCAUUCUAUUUUGACUCAUUACUUGGGAGUAAAUGUAAUUUUAGUGGCGUUGCUGAUGACUUUUUUGACAAAUGUUCUUAUUAUGAAAAGAUUCCACCGCGUCACAGUCCAUAGUUUUACUUUUUAUAAUAUGUUCUUAUUCCUGGAGUUGUGA